CAUUCUGCAAACUCACUCCAAUGGCGCAUUUUACUGGCACUACCAAUCCACCAACUGAUAUUUAUCCUCCUCCUCCUCCACCACCACCACCACCACCACCACCACCACGAGCAGCAGUUGCUAAUAGCGUUUCAAUUAUAGGCCCUCAAUUUUGUGGCCAUACUUAUCCCAUUGAUCUUGCAAUUGUGAGAAAGUUUUUUACCAUAACUGAUGGAAAUUUUGUUGUGCAAGACAUCAAUGGUAACAUCCUUUUUAAAGUGAAAGGUACCUUGUUAACCGUUCAUGAUCGCCGCGUUCUACUUGACUCAACUGGAAAUCCCAUUGUCACUCUGCGGCGAAAGAUAAUGACAGCUCAUGAUAGAUGGCAAGUUUUCAGGGGAGAAAGUACAGAGCUAAGUGAUCUAAUCUUUACUGCUAAACGAUCUUCAAUGUUUCAAUUAAAGACCAAGUUAGAUGUGUUCUUAGCAAACAAUACAAAGGAGGAUGUUUGUGAUUUCAAGAUCAAAGGAAGUUGGCUUGAGCGAUCUUGUGUUAUUUAUGCUGGAGAGUCCUCCACAGUUGUUGCCCAGAUGCACAAGAAGCACACUGCUGAAAGCAUAUUGCUUGGAAAGGACAAGUUCAUGGUGACAGUUUAUCCUAACAUCGAUUACGCAUUCAUAGUCUCUCUUAUUGUGAUUCUUGAUGCAAUCAACACUGAAUCCGGUGGUGGAUCUGGGGGUGGCUCUGACAUCCUUUCUGGCGUUGAAUUCUGAUUUUCCUCUCUUCUUUUAUUUGAAGAGACUUGUGCCAUUGCUUGGCUUUCUGGGGCUUGAUUGGUCGCUUCUGAAGUUUUCCAAGUCCACUAGUGAUCUUUUUUUUUUUAUGGAGUUUUGUUUAUAGAAUUCAACUGUUAAUGUCUAAUAAUUAUGAAAUUUCAUUAUUAUACUUAGAAUCAGUCACAAUCCUUCAGGAAUUACUAAAAAAUUUCCAAUAUGCAUGUAAAGAAUAUCUUCUGCAGUGCAGAUGAUACAUUCAGCUACCGAAACACAAUAACUCAUACAAACGAAAUCAAAUAAUCGAUCACUCAACAAAGUAUAAACACUUUGUCAACUUCCCCAACAACACAAUUUGUUGUGUCACUGUAUGUAUUGUUAUGCCUAAAAAAUCAAGGUUCACAUGAGCUUAUGCCAGCAAGGGUCAAUUAGAGUUCAAGAAAGCUAUGUCAUCUAGACAUUGCCACGUCACAUAAUGACGGAAGAAGUAAGGCCAUCGUUAGUGUUGCAGGUAAAUGCCAAGCUUGUGAGUGGCUAGAAAUUGUCCACCUGCCCAAGCCCUAUGCGAUUUAAGGAUGUCUUCCGUGCAGACAACCAAUGGGAAGCGGGUUAGGAAUUGUACCACACCUGCCCAGCUGCAGAGUCAUGAUUACUACCUUGAAUCGCCCAACUAUAAAUAGAGGGCUCCUCUCUUUUUUAUGGAAUUGACUCAUCUUUAGUCUAAAAAAGCAUACGCUCUCUCUCUCUAUAGAUUGUAAUUCAGCUUGCUGUACGCGACCUGACUGUAACCACCUAUUAAUUCAACCACAG